CCACUUUUUAUUCUCUCUCUAAAACUCUCUCGCUCAGUCGCGCUCUCUCUCGCUCAGUCGCGCUCUCUCUCUACAGAACCCGAAAGAAUCACCGAAAAAUCGGCCUACCCAGAAGCAGCAUUCGACGAGAGAGCUGGAUAUGCCACCGGUGGCCACAGCAGCGUCACCAUCCGAUCGAAUUCCGAUGAUGGCUCCGACGACGGUUCAACCAGCUCCGACGGCGAUGAUGUCGGAGGCCUUUGCCAAGGACGCAAUCAUCGCCUGGUUUCGCGGCGAGUUUGCGGCGGCGAACGCGAUCAUCGAUGAGCUCUGCAACCACGUGACUCAGCUGGAAGGUGGGGUUCGAACCGAAUACGAAUCGGCGUUCGCUGCUAUUCACCGGAGGCGGUUGAAUUGGAUCCCGAUUAUUCAGAUGCAGAAGUACUACUCCAUCGCAGACGUAGCGCUCGAGCUUCGGCGAGUCGCUGCGAAGAAAAUGGAGGAGAGAGAGGGAGGUGAAGAUGUGGUGACGAAAAGUGAGGAGGAAGUGAAGGUGUCUGCGAAUGAAGAAGAGAAAGGUCGAGAAGUUUAUGAGGAGGAAAGCGUUGAAAGUAGCGGUGGUGAGGUCGUUGAUGAAGAUUCGAUCAGAGAUGAUUCACCGGAGAGUGAGAUCACUGAUACAGGAUCUCAAGAAGUGCAACCCACAUUAGACAAUAUGGACUUGUGCUCUAACCAUGAAGACUGUGAGGCACGUCGUGACCUGAUGAAGAUGACAAAAGGGUUCACGGCCAAGGAGCCGGUCAAAGGGCAUACGGUGAAUGUGGUUAGAGGUCUCAAGUUGUAUGAAGACGUAUUCACUGAUUCAGAGCUCUCUAAGUUGGGUGAUUUUGUGAAUGAACUCCGGGUUGCUGGUCAGAAUGGAGAACUCUCAGGUGAGACCUUUAUUCUAUACAACCAGCAGACGAAGGGGAACAAAAGACAGUUAAUUCAACUUGGAGCCCCUAUUUUUGGCCAUAUAGAAGAGGAAGCAACAACUAAACAUGAAAAGAGUUAUAUUGAGCCAAUUCCUACUCUUCUUCAAAGCGUCAUUGACCACCUGGUUCAGUGGCAUCUAAUCUCUGAAAACAAAAAACCAAACAGCUGCAUCAUUAACUUCUUUGAUGAGGGGGAGUCUUCACAGCCUUUUCUGAAACCUCCUCAUUUGGACCAACCCAUCUCUACUCUUCUCCUCUCUGAAUCAGUGAUGGCUUUUGGACGAACUCUCAUAACCGAUAACGAUGGGAACUAUAAAGGGACACUCAUGCUUCCACUUAAGGAAGGGUCUCUUCUAGUGAUGAGGGGAAACAGCUCUGAUAUGGCAAGGCAUGUCAUGUGCCCAUCUCCAAACAAAAGGGUGAGCAUCACAUUUUUUAAAGUCCGGUCAGAAAUGAACCAAAACAACUCACCAACAACAAUGCCUCCUCUGACCCGAGCCAUGACUCUGUGGCAUCCUGGUGUCCCCAGCUCAUAUCCAGUUCCAAAUGGGGCUCCGAAUGUGAUCCCCAAAUGGGGAGUACUUCGUGCCCCUGUGGUCAUGUUGACGGCUCCCAUGCACCCAAUGGUUAUGAGCCCCAGAAGGAUCCCACCUGGUGGUACUGGGGUCUUCUUACCCUGGACUGUUGGAUCGAGGAAACCAGCAAAACAUCUUCCCCCACGUGCUCAAAAGCGCCGGCUUCUCGCACUACCUUCUCUGGUUGAAAAGCAUGUAGCAGAGCCCACUUGUGAUCCGGACAUGAGCGCCGAGGAGAAAAUGGUGUAAGUUGUUCAAAAGCAGCACCAGGGUAAAAAGCAGAUAGUCAAGUCAACUGAGAGGGGAUCACUAAUGUUAGCAACAAUCUCAGGAAGAGCUUCUCUUAUUGUACAAACAAAGCAGGCUCAGGUGCUCAUAGAUGAGUUUUCUUUUUUCUUUUUUUGUCUGGUUUUGAACUAGGUUUUAAAUGUUGGUUUGUACUAGCUUUUUCUUCAAUGCCGAAUAUGGUAGGGGCUAUAGGGAUAGUUGAGUUUAUAAGUUUAAUGAGUGUGAAUUAACCGGAAAAAAAGGGCUGAAUUUUGUAUUUAAUUUAAGUUGUUUUUUAAUGUCUUAAAGGACAGAUGUAGGGUGCUUUGGGGUUGCAUAUCUAUAUAAUUUCUUGUUUCUCUUUAGGGAAAAAAAUUGGCAAUA